CAACAACAACAACAACAACAACUUGAAAACCAAAAUAUCACAUCGAUCAGCAAUGUUCCGACAACCAGGGAUCUAUAACCUCACCCGUACCAUCAGGUCGAUAUUGAAACGGUACAGGAAAGAGUCGCCCUCGCUGACCAUGCAUCUCUACUCGGCUGGCUUUCGACUGGGAGCCAAGGACUCAACCCUACACGCUUACGACGGUGAGAUGAAACAUUGGAUGGACUGUAUACGAGAACAGAAGAUGCCAAACGAACUACUCGACGUGCUCGACGAGCUAGGAAUCAGGUUCUACGAUGGAUGUCUGAUCGUCGAGGUUCAUGACCAUCGAUCUGCCCAACAACAGCCAGAACAAACUCAGUCAACUACCGAUCAUCAUCAUCACCAUCAAUCAACUACGGCCAACCCACAACAACCACCAGUAGCAGCUCAUCAAAGAGCCUCAAACAAUCUCCUUCAUCAGAACAGCAACUCACAUCAACCAUCUACCACAACCGAUCUGCCCAACGAUCAAGUCAGCGUCCACCGUCUCGUACUCACUCCAACAUGCGAAACUCUCUGGAGGGACAUCCUACUCAUGAACGAAGCCAAACUCGCACAACUGAAUCGAGGGACCAAGGGCACAUCAUCAUCAUCAUCAUCCUCAGAAUUCAAAUGGGGUCCAAUCACUGAAGAGGAAGCUGUUGAACUCGAGGCAGCAAUCCUUGAUCGUACCGCGCCUGCGCUCUGUCUCUCCCCCAGUAUCAUCACCUCGCGGAUCGCCAAUCAAAUGUUGAGCGAGACCACCCUCCAGCCUUCUACGGACAAGAAGAAAUCUAGAAAGAGGCCCCUGAACUCUGGAGAAAAGGAGGCCAUGCGUCGCCAGCGUGAACGUCAGGAGAGGUACAUGCACAUCGCAGAUGAGAGCUACGAUCAAUCAUUUGCUCCUACAUUCUCGCGAAUUGACUUGAUCAAACGAUUACGGACUACCCGGCCUGUCAUCACUGCCCCCCAAGAGCCAGAGAAAAAAUGGAACGCGCGCGAUCCCAACCAAGACGCGCUCAAAGGCUUCAUUCCUCAGAUGACUGUAGCCCCAUCAGACCUACACCUCCCAGGCUACUCACUACGCGAUCCCAAGAACGAAUCACAGCAGGCUACCAAACCGGUCGCGGGAAGCUCGAGUCACCAGCCAUCCAAUUCAGGGCGUCCUUCCACCCCACCUCCCGCUUCGGCCGCCCCAUCCGCAACAACCGUACCUGCACCUGCCCCGACGGGUAAGAAGACGGCCUCGAAGAAGAAAGCCGUAGAGCGCUCAGAAACUGGAUCCCCAGCGGCUGGAUCAUUAGCCCCACUGAAAAAACCACCCAAGAAACCCAAGAAGCAGGUCGAACUCACCCCUGAAGCUGCCGCUCUUGCAGAAGAGAAGCGCAAGAAACAGGCAGAACAGAGGAAGAUUCAGAAGGAGCGCAAGCUUGCUUUGGCUGCUGCUGCUAAAGCCGAAGCAGCACAAAAGGCGGCGGCAGCCGCUUCCAGUGGUAGCAGUGCUCCAACUCCCUCAAAUAGGGAAACUUCUACUGCGGCUGCUCCUCCUGCAACAGAGAACAGCAUCCCUGUCCCGAAUCGUGAUCAUCCGGCCAAUCAAUCAACCGAGUAUCAUCAUCACCAACAGGCAGACAUCAGCAUCUCCGUUCCUGACUCGAUCCCCGUCGUGACUGGCGACAGCAUACCAGUUCCCAACCAAUUUGCUUCAAACAACCACCUCAACAGCAGUAUUCCAGUCCCGAACCUGCCGAUUCUAUCCAACCAUACGUCUCCGGCGCCCAAUCAUGGCAUACCGGUCCAACAGGACGUAAAUGUAAACAGUAGCAGCAUCCCUGUGCCUGCAUUUAACCACUCGAUUCCCGUCCCUUCGCCGAGUCAUCACAAUAGCAUCCCUGUCCAUCAGGGUAUCCCGGUCGGCAACGAACUGCUGCCCAUGAGUGCCCCUGACAGCAUCCCCGUGCCCUCGCCCGGCAAUGAUAUCAACUGCUUCCCUGUGCCCAACCAAGCCCACCAUCCAAGAAUGGACCAACUCGCCAGCAUCCCCGUUCCUCAAUCAGAGCCCCAGCUUUGGAACCCCGCCUUCGCUAACUUCCGUCCUCCUUCAAACCCUAAUCAUCUCCAUCAGAGAGCCCCGGAUAUCGAUAUCGACGUCCAUCUCAGGCCCUCUCAGCCCCCCGCUAUCCCCUCGCUCACUUCUAUCGAGGUGCCGAAUAUCCCUAUCCAUCCUCCCGCCCUUCACCAACCUCUUCUCACUCAACAGGAGCAUCAACAGCAACAACAGCAGCAGUAUCAUCAUCAACAGCAAGCCCAUCAACAACACCAACACCAACAGCAACAUCAGCAACAGCAACAGCAACAUCAACAACCGUUUCAUAACUGGUCCAAUUAACUUGACUCUCUUCCUUUAUCGAACCUGUACUCGUUUAUCAUACCUUUUGCAUACCUUUUUCCCCCCCUUCACCUUUCUUUUAAAUCUCGUGUGAAGAGACAUUAAAUUUGUUGCCACUCUUCAUCGUCUCAUCCUCCAUUAGUAAACACACACCCACACCCCACAUAUCUUAACUUGUAUAUAUACCCUGUAGGACCUUGUUGUUUCUGUGUUGUUCAUGCUUGGCUUUUUUUCCUCGUUGUCUUUAUCUACAUAUCUGUAAAGAUGCAUGGAUGUAUAGAUAUAUUUAUUCUACAUAAGAAUUUGUACAAAACUUGCUAUAACCCAUCAUCCAAA